UACCGUGACUCGUAGAAAACACGCGUCCUUAUUGGCUGUUCGGGGGUUUUGGCCCCUCCCCGCGCGUAGAUUUGAAAACGGCUUUGUGAAGAAGGAAGAGUCGAGGGUCGCCCGAGCAAAUACAAUAAUCAGACAUGGCUCCCAGGAAAAGGACCACCAAACAACGGAAAAACAACCCCAAGUCGGCCAAGCUAGAGGCUUUCCUGGAGGAUUUCGACAGCGAGGUGAAGACCAGAGUUGGACAACUGAAGGAGAAGAUCAACCAGCUGCUGAAAGAUGUUGACAACAGCUACAACAUGGCACUAAUUAAGCUCCCCAAGGCUGUCAGGUUGAUGCCCUGGUUGGAGCACUGCAAGUCCGAGAAACCAAAGACGCCAGAGGUGGACGAUACAAAGAGAGAAGAGGAAGCUGCUAUUGUUGAGAGCGUUGUGGCCGAGGACCACGCAGUCCUUCUGAAAUCAGUCAAGAAAACGUCAAAGAAAAACGGCAGAGUCAAAUCCGGUUCAGAGGAUGAAAACACACCGAGCACAACAAGGAAGGGGAAAGCUACAAGAAAGCCCCCAACUACAUCAAAAAGAGCAAAGGCACUGGCAGUCAGCAAGCAGAGUACCUCCAUCAGACGAUCGACCAGGAAGCCUUUGGUGACUCCUGCCAGGACCAUGCUAGAUUCUUCUUUGAUGAUGGGACCCACUCCCCUCAUCACCCCACGCUUCGACCCAAGGCUUCCUAAGACCCCUGCAGUGAGAGUUCCCCGCCACAAAGAGAGGGUCUAUAGCAUUUCAGUCAACGGCUCUCCCAUAGCAGCAGGAAAUGAGGACAUUGUCAUCAACGUCCCCGUCGGCAACGGAGAGAGCAUUCAGCUGUUGGCCAGUCAGAUGGACUCGGUGGACCUGUCCCUACUGGAUGAGACUGCCCUGAAGAGCAUUCGGCUGCUGCAGAAUCGCCUCACAACACUGUGUGAAAAAUCAGAGUGACCCAACCAUCUACUGCUCUGAAGAGAGAGGCCCAAUUACGAGACUAUAUUUUUUUCUGGAAAUUAGGUUUGAAAAAGUGAGGGGUUGUCUUUUAUACUUAUAUUUAACAUCAGAUAUUAUUUUUGAAUGGAGAGUACAGGUGUAACUACUGUCUUUUAUAGUGUUGCAGUUUGGUUUGUUUGAAGCCUUAAUGUUGCUUUUUUUUCCAUUAUCCUGUAUCUUUCUGUGAUCAGCCCUUAAGUGUUUUGUUAGCCCAGUUUGGCCUGCAGGAGUUUCUGAGGUCUGACGUGUAACCUCUGGUGUUUUUCCGCCCCAUUGCCCACCCCCACUCCACCAUAGCACCUGAAAGCCCUCCUGAAAUCUAGGGAAAACCCUGCGAGGCUAAAUCCUUGGGGAAAUCUGCCUAAUAUGUCUCUCAUUUUAGUGUUGUUCCAGUCUUUUAGACUCGUAAAGUCAAGCUUUUACUUCUUCUACCUUUGCAAGCCUUAUAAGACUUGUAAGAUUAUUUCACACUGAAACAUUUGUUCUUAUAGCCUGCAAAUACGAUUUUCUGUUCCUUCUUUGAUUCUUUUGUAAAUACACUCUAAUCCUACAUUUUCUUUUUUUGUUUCAUUUUGUUAUUGUUGAACUCAGUGACCCUCCAUGUUUCUAUAAAUCAGCUUGCAUUUGCGUUAUGUGUGCAAAUACAUACUUCAUGUACAUAGUUUAAUCUAUGUCUGCAAAACUGAUAAAGGAUUUUGACUACAGCUCUAAA